CUUUUAAAAACCACAAAAUCUUUUGCUUUUGUGAUGUCAGUCACUACUUCCACUACUGCUUACUGCAUCUGCAUGGCUUUGAUGAGCCUUUUUCAUGUGUCCUAUAAAGCUCACUCUACUCUCACUAUGUCUCUGCUCCUCCUUUUUUUUUCACUUUUUCACUCUCACUCUGCUUCCUAUUGCUGCUUCAAAGUUCACAAAUUUUGGAAUUCUGGGCUUUUCUUCAAUUUUCUGCUGCCAAUCUGUUUCUUCUGCUCCCUUUGACAUAAAACAUACAGUUGGUGUUCAAAGAAGAAAACUUGAGAGAGAGGGUCAUUCAAUUUGAGUUUGUAUCUAUCUUUAUAGAGUGAGCGUAUGCCUGGAAACCAGUACAACGGUAACUCCAUUCCUUACCCGAGUCGUGUACAGAGGCUGUUGAAAGAAAGAGAGUUAAAAAAGAGCAGCAGAGCUUCUCCGCAUUCUUCGAAUGAGGUGACUGAACAAACAAGUGAGUUGAGAGAAUUUGACAACAACUCGAGCAAUUCAUAUAUCGACCAGUAUCUUGAAGGAGCUGUUGCAGCUACACGGGCACUUUCUCAGGAAUGUGAUAAGUAUGACGGUAAGCCUUCAAGGCAACGAUUAUUGGUGGUGGCCAAUAGGUUACCUGUUUCUGCUGUUAGAAGAGGUGAAGAUUCUUGGUCUUUGGAGAUAAGUGCUGGUGGUUUAGUUAGUGCUCUUCUAGGUGUAAAAGAGUUUGAGGCAAGAUGGAUUGGUUGGGCUGGUGUGAAUGUGCCCGAUGAGAUUGGCCAGAAAGCGCUUACUAAAGCGUUGGCUGAAAAGAGGUGCAUACCUGUAUUCCUUGAUGAAGAGAUUGUUCAUCAAUACUAUAAUGGAUACUGCAAUAAUAUACUAUGGCCUCUUUUUCAUUACCUUGGACUUCCACAAGAGGACCGUCUUGCCACGACCAGAAGUUUCCAGUCUCAGUUUGCUGCAUAUAAAAAGGCUAAUCAAAUGUUUGCUGAUGUGGUGAAUACGCAUUAUGAAGAGGGUGAUGUUGUUUGGUGCCAUGAUUACCAUCUAAUGUUCCUCCCGAAAUGUCUGAAAGAAUACAAUAUUAAUAUGAAGGUUGGAUGGUUUCUCCACACACCCUUCCCUUCUUCUGAAAUUCAUAGGACACUCCCAUCUCGGUCGGAGCUACUGCGUUCGGUUCUUGCUGCUGAUUUGGUUGGAUUCCAUACCUAUGAUUACGCAAGGCAUUUUGUUAGUGCCUGUACACGUAUUCUUGGACUUGAGGGCACCCCUGAUGGAGUAGAAGAUCAAGGAAAGCUGACUCGAGUUGCUGCUUUCCCUAUUGGGAUAGACUCUGAGCGUUUCAAAAGAGCACUAGAGGUCCCUCAAGUGCAGGAACACAUCAAAGAAUUGAAAGAACGAUUUGCGGGACGAAAGGUGAUGUUAGGAGUUGAUCGCCUAGAUAUGAUUAAGGGGAUUCCGCAGAAGAUACUAGCAUUUGAAAAAUUUCUUGAGGAAAACUCUCAGUGGCGUGAUAAAGUAGUUUUGCUGCAGAUUGCAGUGCCAACACGUACUGAUGUUCCCGAGUAUCAAAAACUUACAAGCCAGGUCCAUGAAAUUGUUGGGCGCAUUAAUGGUAGAUUUGGAACUUUAACUGCUGUCCCGAUACAUCACUUGGACCGCUCUCUGGACUUUCAUGCCUUGUGUGCGUUAUAUGCCGUCACCGAUGUUGCACUUGUAACUUCUUUGAGGGACGGAAUGAAUCUUGUCAGUUACGAGUUUGUUGCAUGCCAAGAUUCCAAGAAAGGUGUUCUCAUUCUUAGUGAGUUUGCAGGAGCAGCACAGUCUCUUGGUGCUGGAGCUAUCCUUGUGAACCCUUGGAAUAUCACUGAAGUUGCAGAUUCAAUACGCCUGGCUUUAACCAUGCCACGUGAAGAAAGAGAGAAGCGACAUUGGCAUAACUUUGAGCAUGUCACAAACCACACUGCUCAAAAUUGGGCUGAGACUUUUGUGAGCGAACUAAAUGAUACAGUCAUUGAGGCUCAACUAAGGACUCGUCAGGUUCCACCUCCAUUUCCUGAGCAAGAUGCAAUUAAACGAUAUUUACAGUCUAAAAAUAGGCUACUGAUACUGGGGUUCAAUUCAACAUUGACCGAGCCAGUAGAUACUCCUGGGAGAAGGGGUGAUCAGAUUAAAGAAAUGGAUGUGAAGUUGCACCCCGAGCUGAAAGACACACUUAGAGCACUUAGCAAUGAUUUAAAGACAACUAUUGUUGUCUUAAGUGGGAGUGGCAGGUUUUUCUUAGAUGAGAACUUUGGGGAGUUCGACAUGUGGUUAGCAGCAGAGCAUGGGAUGUUUUUACGUCUGACAAAUGGUGAAUGGAUGACGACAAUGCCGGAACACUUAAACAUGGAAUGGGUCGACAGCGUGAAGCAUGUUUUUGAGUAUUUCACCGAGCGAACGCCACGAUCACAUUUUGAAGUUCGUGAAACAUCCCUUGUAUGGAAUUACAAGUAUGCAGAUGUUGAAUUUGGAAGACUUCAAGCGAGGGAUAUGUUGCAGCAUCUUUGGACAGGGCCAAUUUCCAAUGCAUCUGUUGAUAUAGUUCAAGGUAGCCGAUCAGUUGAAGUUAGAGCCGUUGGUGUAACAAAGGGUGCUGCUAUUGAUCGAAUACUGGGAGAGAUUGUUCACAGCAAAUCAAUGACAACUCCAAUUGAUUAUGUCCUCUGCAUCGGACAUUUUCUGGGAAAGGAUGAAGAUGUGUAUACCUUCUUUGAGCCGGAGUUGCCAUCUGAUGGCAUUGGUGUUGCGAAAACCAAGCAAAGCGACGGAUCAAAGUCACCAGGGGAAAGGCGACCUUUGAAUCUUCCGGGAAGUAAAAGUGCGUCAAAACCAUCUCAAAGUAAAAUGCCGAGAUCUUCAUCGAAUCCUGAUAAAAGAAAUGCAAAUCACAGCCUUGGAAGUGGGCGGCGUCAAUCGCAAGAAAAGAUCUCAUGGAAUGUGCUUGAUCUCAAGGGAGAUAAUUAUUUCUCCUGUGCAGUGGGGCGAACACGAACUAGCGCACGCUAUCUACUCCAAUCGCCGGACGAUGUUGUCUCCUUUUUGAGGAAACUGGGCAAUGCAUCUUUAAACACAUAAUGAAGAUGAUGCUUUUACUUACAUCAUGCCAUAUGCAGACCUGACCUUUGUGUCUAGGCUAUAUUCGUAAUAUAUAUUUUUACUAUUUUUUUUUGUUUCUUUAUGAUUAAUGUUGUACACACAUGUUAAUUUAAGGUCAAAACCGUCAAAUAGUGAAUUACUAUAUUUUAAUAGUGAAUGUUCAUCUAUCUCA